AUGAGAUACCCCGAGGGUAUACUCACCAGCCACAGGGAUGUUGUGAAUGAAAGACAAGGGCGGGGUUCAUUUCGAGCCUGUUCGCCAGAGACAAGUUUCAGAUUAUAUAAGCUAUACAGUCGUAGCGAGCGUAAACCGAACGUUCUCCUCGAGUAUCUGCUGGCCACUAUUCGUUGCAUCUUUGAAUCACUAGAACGCCUCUAUCUCCCCCAAAAGACUCAGCGAGGCGUCGUCGUCGUUGCCGGCAAAAGCCUGGAAAUUUUGCAGCUAAUUCUAGACGUUCAUGAGCAACGCAACCCCGCAAACGCACAAACCUGGCGGAGCUUGGUCAUUGUUGGCUGCGCAUGCCACCGUAGCGGUAGAAGGUGGCAACAGCCUCUAGUGGCCGUCAACAAAACACGUUCUCCGACUAUCACCACCACUUUUUGGAGAAAGCUUGCUGAAAGCCUCGAAAAUACCAGCAGCGCGGGCUUUUCGCCCUACUUUGGCACCAUGGAUACAGAUGCUCCUUCUGAGCCACAAGAAGUAUCUGAUUUGGUUGAGAGCGCUGACGCACCUCCCCCCAACAUAGAAGUCACAAACAUGGAGACCGUCUCAGAAACGGUCGAAGCCGAUGGAGACGCUGAUGAAGACUGGGAUAUAGAAAUGGACUUGGGCAAGACAGGAGGUGCAAAAGCCGUACCAAGUCCUCCUCCAAACGCCUCGAGCGCGUCCUGGCAUGCGUCGAUGGCCGCGGUCACCACCGCUGCUGGCUACACGGGGACCGUGACUCGGUUGGGCGGGAAUAGCAAGUCGGACGUGGAGGAAUCGUGGGACGACUUUGAUCUCGAUUUUUUGUCGUCAGAAGAGACGCCCAAAGGAGACUCGCAUCAUACGUCGCUCCUUCCGUCCAUGUCUUCUACCCCACCGAGGAAGCCGCACGCUAUUCCUGUCGAUGAAGAUUUUGAAGAAGACUUCUCGCUCCCAGAAGACCUUGCCCAUCUUUCUCUACGACCGCUCAAACAUCGCUCUAGUAAAUCCAAUCUCGACAAUUGGGGCGACAACACGGCAUCCUCCACCACCUACUCAUCAGAAGCGUCCUCAUUUGGGGUUGGCACCCAUGAAUCCCCUUCCUCAUCUGCCUCAAACUCUUUUUAUACCCACGCUGGGUCUGAGACGGAUGACGACGAAGAGGGUCUAUUGGACGGUCUAGUCCUUCCAGAAGGUCUAUUCGACGCAGAAAAGGACAAUCGCCAAUUGCACAAGAUUAUCGAAGAGAGGAAACGUGCUGCAGCAUCUGACGUCCCCGCUGUCGUAGCUUCGCCCCAGGAGGAUGAAGAUUUCGAGACGGGUCUUGUCAUCGACGACGAUGUAGACUUUAAUCUGUCCAAAGCCAAGCAUCGACAGUCCCUCUCAGCUGGACGAAUCUCGAGAGCCGUCCUUUCGAUGCAAGGAGUCAGCCCCUCUCCCAAAUCUGCCAACGCGCUUCUUCCUUCUCGAGCUCAUAGCCUCACAGGAAGCCCUGAGCUGACACGAUCACCUAUAAUGCGACCAAAGUCACCGCUAAGUCAGAGUUUCUCUGACGUAGUACGCUCCAAUGCAGGUCGCAGGGAGGGAGCGACGUCUCCAAUCAGAAUACGAUCAGGAAGCUCUUCGUCUCAACGAGGGGGUACUGCUUCUCUCCAUUCCUCGACCCGACGUGCGGUCUCGCCUCCUCCAUCAAGCUUUCUCACUACCAGUUUCUCGGUUCCCCUUAGAGAGCGCAAAACUUCAGCUGGAAAGUUGCAGGGGUCUGGAGGGGAAUUGGAUCUACAACGCAGAGCAAUUGUGCGAAAGUCAUCUCUAUCUUCCAUUGAUGUUUCUUCUGUAACAUCUGGAAACACCGUCAGGGUGACCCUCAAGCGCCCCGGAUCAAGCGCAGAGGCCACUUCGCCACAAAUGGAGCGACGACCGACUCUUACCAGUUCGUUAUCCGCGACUCAGGUUGGACGUUACAACAGUCCUGUUUCCAACCUCACCGAACCUAGUACCCGCAACGCCACCAGGAACACCGAGCUCCAAUCCGAUAGCGCUACGACUGACGAUGACCACGACUAG